GGAGGAGGGAGCGGCCACGUCCCGUCCGCGCCAGGCCAGCACCGCUUCUCCGUUGCAGACGCCACCGGGGCUGUGGAUGGGGAGCGCGAGGCCACCAUGAGGGUCCCCGAGAAGUACUCGACGCUCCCAGCGGAGGACCGCAGCGUCCACAUCGUGAACAUCUGCGCCAUCGAGGACCUGGGCUACCUGCCGUCCGAGGGCACGUUGCUCAACUCUCUGUCCGUGGACCCUGACGCCGAAUGCAAGUAUGGCCUAUACUUCAGGGAUGGCAAACGCAAGGUGGACUACAUCUUGGUGUACCAUCACAAGAGAGCCUCGGGUAGCAGGACUCUGGCCAGGAGAGGACUACAAAAUGACAUGGUCCUGGGGACCCGCAGUGUCAGGCAGGACCAGCCCCUUCCCGGGAAGGGGAGCCCUGUGGAUGUGGGCUCACCAGAAGCCCCCAUGGAUUACCACGAAGAUGACAAGCGCUUCAGACGGGAGGAGUACGAGGGCAACCUGUUGGAGGCAGGCCUGGAGCUGGAACGUGACGAGGAUACCAAAAUCCAUGGUGUCGGGUUUGUGAAGAUCCAUGCACCCUGGCAUGUGCUCUGCAGGGAAGCUGAGUUUUUGAAAUUGAAGAUGCCCACGAAGAAGGUGUACCACAUCAGUGAGACCCGAGGCCUCCUGAAAACCAUCAACUCGGUUCUGCAGAAGAUCACAGACCCCAUCCAGCCCAAGGUGGCUGAGCACAGACCACAGACCACAAAGAGGCUCUCCUACCCCUUCUCCAGGGAGAAGCAACACUUAUUCGACCUGACUGACAGGGACUCUUUUUUCGACAGCAAAACCCGGAGCACAAUAGUCUAUGAAAUCCUGAAGAGAACAACGUGCACCAAGGCCAAGUACAGCAUGGGUAUCACCAGCCUCCUGGCCAAUGGCGUGUACUCAGCUGCGUACCCUCUGCACGAUGGUGACUAUGAAGGUGACAACGUUGAGUUCAACGACCGGAAACUCCUGUAUGAGGAAUGGGCAAGCUACGGAGUCUUCUACAAAUACCAGCCCAUUGACCUGGUCAGGAAAUACUUUGGAGAAAAGGUUGGCCUGUACUUUGCCUGGCUUGGAGCCUACACCCAGAUGCUCAUCCCUGCCUCCAUUGUGGGUGUCAUUGUCUUUCUCUACGGAUGUGCCACCGUGGACGAAAACAUCCCCAGCAUGGAGAUGUGUGACCAGAGACACAACAUCACCAUGUGUCCUCUGUGUGACAAGACCUGCAGCUACUGGAAGAUGAGCUCAGCCUGUGCCACAGCCCGUGCCAGUCACCUCUUUGACAACCCUGCCACUGUCUUCUUUUCUGUGUUUAUGGCCCUCUGGGCUGCCACCUUCAUGGAGCACUGGAAACGGAAGCAGAUGAGACUCAACUACCGCUGGGACCUCACGGGCUUCGAGGAGGAGGAGGAAGCUGUCAAGGAUCAUCCCAGAGCAGAGUACGAAGCCAGAGUCUUAGAGAAGUCACUGAGGAAAGAAUCCAGAAACAAAGAGAAGCGCCGGAAUGUUCCAGAAGAACCGACCAACAAAUGGAAGCAGAGGGUUAGGACAGCCAUGGCAGGGGUGAAAUUGACUGACAAGGUGAAGCUGACCUGGAGGGACCGAUUCCCGGCCUAUUUCACCAAUCUUGUCUCCAUCAUCUUCAUGAUCGCAGUGACAUUUGCAAUCGUUCUCGGAGUUAUCAUCUAUAGAAUCUCCACAGCUGCAGCCUUGGCCAUGAACUCCUCCCCAUCUGUGCGGUCCAACAUCCGGGUUACAGUCACGGCCACUGCUGUCAUCAUCAACCUCGUGGUCAUCAUUCUGCUGGAUGAAGUUUACGGCUGCAUUGCCAGGUGGCUCACCAAGAUUGAGGUCCCGAAGACAGAGAAGAGCUUUGAGGAGAGGCUAACCUUCAAGGCCUUCCUGCUCAAGUUUGUGAACUCCUAUACUCCCAUCUUCUAUGUCGCCUUCUUCAAAGGCCGGUUUGUUGGUCGGCCUGGCGACUACGUUUAUAUCUUCCGCUCUUUCCGGAUGGAGGAGUGUGCCCCAGGUGGCUGCCUCAUGGAGCUCUGUAUCCAGCUGAGCAUCAUCAUGCUGGGCAAGCAGCUAAUCCAGAACAAUCUCUUCGAGAUCGGCAUCCCGAAGAUGAAAAAGUUCAUCCGCUACCUGAAGCUGCGCAGGCAGAGCCCCUCGGACCGCGAGGAGUACGUAAAGCGGAAGCAGCGCUAUGAGGUGGACUUCAACCUCGAACCCUUCGCCGGCCUCACGCCCGAGUACAUGGAAAUGAUCAUUCAGUUCGGCUUCGUCACCCUGUUCGUUGCGUCCUUCCCUCUGGCCCCACUCUUCGCCCUGCUGAACAACAUCAUUGAGAUCCGCCUGGAUGCCAAAAAGUUUGUCACCGAGCUACGGAGACCAGUAGCCAUCAGAGCCAAAGACAUCGGCAUCUGGUAUAACAUUCUCAGAGGUGUCGGGAAGCUGGCUGUCAUCAUUAAUGCCUUUGUGAUCUCCUUCACGUCUGACUUCAUCCCUCGCCUGGUAUACCUCUACAUGUACAGUCAAAACGGGACCAUGCAUGGCUUCGUCAACCACACGCUCUCCUCCUUCAAUGUCAGCGACUUCCAGAAUGGCACAGCACCCAAUGACCCACUGGACCUGGGCUACGAGGUUCAGAUCUGCAGGUAUAAAGAUUACCGGGAGCCCCCGUGGUCAGAACACAAGUAUGACAUCUCCAAAGACUUCUGGGCUGUCCUGGCCGCCCGGCUGGCAUUCGUCAUUGUCUUCCAGAACCUGGUGAUGUUCAUGAGUGACUUUGUGGACUGGGUGAUCCCUGAUAUCCCCAAAGACAUCAGCCAGCAGAUCCACAAGGAGAAGGUUCUCAUGGUGGAGUUGUUCAUGCGUGAGGAGCAGGGCAAGCAGCAGCUACUGGACACAUGGAUGGAGAAGGAGAAGCCAAGGGAUGUGCCUUGUAACAACCAUAGUCCCACAGCCCACCCAGAGGCAGGUGACAGCAGCCCAGUCCCCAGCUACGAGUACCACGGGGGCGCGCUGUAGCCAUGAUGGCAGGCCAGCAGGCCAGCAGGCUUCUGACCAUCACCAAGUGACCACUCGGUUUCCUCCAGAGCCAGCACUUCUAGCCCCACCAGGGCUUGUGGCUCUUGUGUCGUCUGGAUGUGUGGAGGGCCACUCUGAUGUGACAACGGUCUUCUUUCUUCUUUCUGUUUCUUCUCAUUUUUGCACAAGGCCAUUAUGCAGGGAAGUUUUUAUCUUUAGUAUUCAAUGCCAAGGAUGGCUGGUGACGGGGAUGAACAGGGUGAGGGCAUGUUCCACAGACCUAUGGGGGAACACAGAGACCCCCACCCCGACCCCCCGCAUCGGUAAGGAGCCAAGGUCCAGAGUCAGCAUCCUUAGUCUGAAGGAUGCCCUGGGAUAGAUGCAGAAUGGUGUCCAGGAACCUGCUAACAUUUUGCAGAAGGAUGAACGACUUAGAUUUCUAAAGAUGUUACCUGCUCUAGUUGGACAAGCUGGAAGACUCCACUGUCUUUCCUUCUGGGAGCUCAGAAGUUCAGACCCAGGGUCAGAAAUAGGCCUGGCCUGGCCACCCACAGAGCACACACACACACACACACACACACACACACACACACACGGUGGCUUCACAUUCUGCUCCAGUAACCAAGGAGUACAGGGGCCCCAGUUGACCAGCGCCCUUGGCAUCCCUGGCAGGCUCCACACCAGCCACUCAAGGGCCCCUCACAUGAGGCUGAUGUCCUCCUUGUGAGACAGGCUGUGGUGACGGGCAGGACAUCUUUAAACAGGCUGGAGGGCUUCACCAAGCCCCAGAGCCUCUGUGGGCUCAUUUUUUGCUCUUUUAGACCAUCUAUUGGUUUUUGUCUAAAAAUCAAUAAUGUGAUGGAUUUGAGGGAUUUUCUUUCUGUAGCUCAAGGUGGAAGGAGUUUAUUUCAUUAGUUAGCCAAAUACUGAGAGGAAAUUAAAAUAUCGUUACUACCAAAGAUUUUUCUCAAUAAAAGCUUCUAUUUUGGUAACACACCUAUAUUUUCACUCAUGGGGAUAUGAGGUCCUCAGCACUUACCAUUGUAAUAGCUUCGAAAACAAGCCUCGUGGGCCAGCUUCUUUGGAUGUGCUAGCCAGCUGUGCAAGGCCUCUCAGCAUCGUUGCCAGCAGGGCCUCGCCCAGGCUGGAAAAGGCAACUCCUUCUCUCAUCUGAGGGCGCGGCAGACAGUCCUGCAGUUGGCAGCUGGGGUCCAAGUCUUGGGCUUCAAAGGUUUUCACUGUUGGCUAAAAUCAUGAGAUCUGAUGCUUCUGUCUUCUCCUGUGCAGUGACGUGGUUUCCGAUGACGUUUUGUAUAUAGCUACCGUAUCCAAAAUUAGAUAAUUACCAAAAAUUCUUUUACAGAAACCAUUUUUUUAAAAAAAACAAAACUGAAUGUAUACACACCCACAGGAGUCUGUGGCUGAGCGUUCAUCAAAAUAAAUUUGAAUACACAA